CUAUCAAUUAACUGAGUUGUUUUUAGAAAAUAUAAUACUCAGUCCUUUAUUCUGUUAUCUAAAUAUAUCAUGUGAGCUUGUUUGUAGAAGUGGGUUCCUAUAAACAGCUAGAAACAUACCUGAUUCUUUCCUCAUGGAGAAAGGAAAAAAGAAUGCCCUGUUUGUUAAUGAUGGUUCCUUUAUGGAGAGAUUCAAACAGCUCCAACAAGAGAAAGGUGAUCCAUUACCAGAGUCUAGGUCUUAUCCAACUGUACCACAGACCUCAACUCCCAAACCUGUCAUCAACAAAACAAGCUUUGGAUUCAAACCUAAAGACUCUCGAAAGGACACCCCAGUUUCAGUUUCUACAGGAGGUAAAUUUGCAUUCAGCCUGAAACCGAAGUCCAAGCUUAUGGCACCCUCUAUAAAGUUGAGUGAAGAUGAUGAUGAUGAAGAAGAAAAAGAAGCAGGCAGUCCAUCUGAUAACGGUCCAACAAAACGGCAGAAGUUGGGAGAACCCGACAGCACUAGGAAAUUACCAAAACAACCUGAUGUUGCACCACGCUCUCCAAGUGAUCCUGGAGUGAAGAAAGCGGCAGAUAACUUGGCAAUUUUUGUGGCCAAACAUGGCAGGCAGUUUGAGAAUGUUACUCGUCAAAAGAAUCCUGGGGACACCCCAUUCUAUUUUUUAUUUGAUGAAAGCUGCGCUGAUUACAAGUAUUAUGAAUACCGGCUUAGAGAAGAAGAGAAAGCCUCGUCUCAGACCAAGGAUUCCCAAACACCACAAAGUAGUGGUUCAGGUACUAUUAAUUCAAAGAGUAUUUCUCAGAAGUCACAUCGCCAUCAGCCAAAUUAUCAAAUUCCUACCUCGGCAUUGUACGAGUCUGAGGAAAAACGAGGUUGUAUGGCAUCAGCAGGACAAUUUGGUGAAUCAUCGGAAAACACAGAUUCAUUGGCAAUAAUGGAAUUCUACAUGAAGAAAGCUGCACGAGAGGAGAAGAGAAGACCGCCGAAACAAUCAAAGGAUGAAAUGCCUCCCCCUGCUUCUAUUCAAGGAGGAAGUUCUGAGAAAAAGGGACACCAUAUGGGUGACUAUAUCCCACAAGAAGAGCUUGAGAAAUUUAUGGCUUCGUGCAAUGAUGCAGCUGCACAGAAAGCGACCAGAGAAGCUGUAGAGAAGGCAAAAAUCCAGUCAGAUAAUGUUGGCCAUAAACUCCUAUCAAAGAUGGGUUGGAAAGAAGGAGAGGGUCUAGGGAGCUCUAGGAGUGGAAUUGCAAAUCCAAUAAUGGCAGGUGAUGUUAAACUGAACAAUUUGGGUGUUGGAGCUAGCCAACCUGGAGAAGUGGUGCCUGAAGAUGAUAUAUAUGAACAGUAUAAAAAAAGGAUGAUGCUUGGUUAUAAACACAGGCCCAACCCCCUGAACAAUCCCAGAAAAGCAUACUAUUGAGGAACAAAUACUGAAUUAGUAAGCUAAGCUUGUUGCCUUGUUGGUUCCCUUUUUUUAAUUUUUUUGAAGGUGAAUGAUUUCUCUGUUUUUGUUUUUUUGUUUGUGACAUUUUAGUAAUGAUAAAACAUUAGAUGAGAAACCUGACUUUAUUGAUCUAUCUUGGUUUUGCAUAUGAUUGCUGAUAUUCAUGG